GGCGGGGCCGCUCUGAGGCGGGGCCGGCGGGUUCGGUUCAAGCCCCGGCCCCAUCGUUCCCCAUGGGGUUCGGGAACCGGGCCCGGCCCGGCGUGGCGUCACCUCUGGCAUACGGCCUGGGCCAGCGGACCCGGGGAGGCGGCGGGGCAGUGCCGGUGCCCCCGCAGGCAUCCAGAAGGUUCCGGCUCGCCCGCCCCUCGCCGUCCCGACCCUCUUCGUCUAUAAAUGCGGGCGCCGGUGGCCGGCGCGCUCAGAGGGCGGCGCCGGGGCCAUGCUGGGGGUCUGGCUGCUGCUUUGGGGUUCCGUGGCCCUGGGCGGCCGGGCGGACACCGCCUUCCUCCGCCGCGCCCAUGACAGCUCCGGGCACUGCACCUACUCCUUCACGGUGGCCAGCCCCGUGGAGGCCGCCUGCCCCGAUGCUGCCGGCGGCGUGCCCGAGCUGCGCGCCGAGCUGGCCGCCCUCGCAGCCCGCCUGAGUCGGCUGGAGAGCCGGGAGCGAGGAGCGGGGGUCUCGGGGCCGCGGGGAGCCGAGCCGGGGGGCGCACGGGACCCCCAGCAAGUGGCGGCGGCCGCCCGUCUGGAGGCUGCGUACGGCGAACUGCUGCGGGCCAAGUCCCGGCUGGAGGAGGAGAAGGGGCGGCUGGAGCGGGAGAAAGAGGAGCUGGGCAGGCGGCUGGAGAGCAGCGCCCAGGAGAUCACCCGGCUGCGGGCCGCCCGCUGCCCCCCCGGGAGAGAGGGGCCCGGCCGGGACACGCUGCGAGCUCCCGCCAAGGCGCCGCGCUGGGAGCCGCAGCCCCUCAGCUACCAGGAGCUGCAGUCGGAGAGGACCGAGGUUCCCGUGUCCCGGCUGCUGGAGGAGACGGCGCUCGGCCGCCCGGGCAAGGAGGACUCAGGCUGCGGCCGGCUGGUGUGGGUGGGGGAGCCCGUGGUGUUCGGCCGGGCGGACUCCAUCGCGGGCAAGUACGGCGUGUGGAUGAAGGACCCCGAGCCCGCGCCGCCCUUCACGCGGGACAACACCUGGCGCGUGGACACCGUGGGCACCGAGGUGCGCCAGCUCUUCCAGUACGAGGAGGCCGAGCAGCUGGCCCGGGGCUACCCCGCCAAGGUGCACAUCCUGCCGCGGCCUCUGGAGAGCACGGGCGCCGUCAUCUACCGCGGCGGGCUCUUCUUCCAGCCGCGCCAUUCCCGCUCCGUGGCUCGCUACGACCUGCGGGCAGAGACCAUCACGGCCGAGAGGGAGAUCCCCGGCGCCGGCUACCACGGGCAGUACCCCUACUCGUGGGGGGGCUACACCGACAUCGACCUGGCGGUGGAUGAGAUGGGGCUCUGGGUCAUCUACAGCACGGAGAAGGCGCGGGGAGCCAUCGUCCUCUCCAAGCUCGACCCCGACACGCUGGAGAUCCGCCGGACCUGGGAGACCAACAUCCGCAAGCGGGGGGUGGCCAACUCCUUCCUCAUCUGCGGCACCCUCUACACCGUCAGCAGCUACUCGGCGCCCAACGCCACCAUCAACUUCGCCUACGACACUGCCACGGGCACCAGCCGCGCCCUCAGCAUCCCCUUCGAGAACCGCUUCCGCUACCUCAGCAUGCUGGACUACAACCCUGCCGAGCGGCAGCUCUUCGCCUGGGACAGCUUCAACAUGGUCACCUACCCCAUCCGCCUCUCCCGGGCGUGAGCCGAGGCUGGCCGUGCUCCGGCCCAGCCCCCGGGCCCCUCGGGCGUGCCUUGGCACCCUGCCCCUCCCCACUGCCCCCGGGAGCGCCGCGCACAGCCUGGGUGGUGCUGGGGGCACUCGCUGCCCGGCCACAUCCCGUGCGCAGCAGAGAGAGAUGAAGCGCUGCUCCAGAGCCUGGCAGAGCUAGGGAAAUGCCUCUCACCAGCCUCGCUGGGUUUGGGGUCACAGCAGUACCCAGCCCUGAGCUGCUCCAGCACCUUCCCUGAGCACCCAGCCUGGCCACUCCGAAUUUGGAGCAGGGAGGGCUCAGACAUGGUGAGGGUUGGGCAGAACAGAUGGUAGAAGGGCUGUGCAGGAGGAUCCUGCCUUAAAAUAAAUGUUUUUCCCUAGCUGUGAGCAGUGA